AUGCAAGGUGGUAAAUUGAUGGAGUUUGGAGGUGGGAGAAGGGUUAAGAGAGAGUGGCAGGAGAUUCUACCGGAACUUUUGAUGAAGAUCGUGUCUUCCUUGGAUGAUCGGACGGUGAUCGUUGCUGCUGGAGUUUGUAGUGGAUGGAGGAAUGCUAUUUGCACUCAACUUACUCAUAUUUCACUCUCUUGGUACAGAAACAACAUGAAUAACUUGGUGCAUUCUCUUGUUCCAAAGUUCACAAAUCUAAGGGGUUUGACCCUUCAGCCACUGCUUGAUGCUAAAUCAGUCGAGACCAUCGCUAAUAACUGUCAUGAUUUAGAGGAUCUUGACCUCAGCAAGAAUUAUAGACUUGGUGAUGGGUCCCUUUAUACUUUGGCCCGUGGUUGUCCAAACCUAACUAAGCUUAAUAUCAGUGGCUGCUCAGCUUUUAGUGAGAAUGGUAUUGAGUUUGUUAGUAGUUACUGUAGAAAGUUGAAGAUUUUGAACCUUUUUGGGUGUUAUAAAGCGGCGACCAAUAAGGCCCUGAAGGCUAUUGGAGACAACUGUCGACAACUUGAGUCGAUAAAUCUUGGUGGGUGUUAUAAUGUUGGUGAUGCUGGAGUGAUGAGUUUAGUUUAUGGGUGUCCUCAUCUCAAUGCUAUCGACUUGUCUGGGACUGGGUGUUUCUUUACAACAGGUGAGAGUGUGAUGGCUUUGUCAAACAAUUGCUUACAUCUGAGGUCUCUCGGUCCACUGCGCGUGUGCUUCUCAACCGCAUCGUGCCAGUCGCCCCACUUAGUCUGAUGGAUGGGCGGUUGGUAUCAAUCAUGUGUUUAUAGUUGGUUUAUCUGGAUGUUGGGACUGUUUAUAUUCUGAAAAUAUGAUAGAUCAUGAGUUUGUAUGCUA